CUUCCUGCCCUGCUCUUCUGCUACUCAUUACAGACCAUCUAUUUGCCAGUGCCGUGGCCCUACAACUCUUUCUGGCAACUUCCCUAUCUAUGCCCCUAGCCCUCUUAGCCCUGCUUGCCAAAGCUGUGGUUCCCGGGCUCUUUCCUGUGACUCCCCUAUCUAUCCCCCUACUCCUCCCCCUAGCCCUGCUUGCCAGUGCUGUGGUCCCAGAAUUCCUUCCUGUCACUCCCCUGUCUAUCCCCCUACUCCUCCUCCUAGCCCUGCUUCCCAAUACGCUAGUCCCAGAACUCUUUCCUGUGACUCCUCUAUCUAUUCCUCUACUUCUUCUUCUAGCUCUGCUUGCGAAUGCUGUGGUCCCUGAGCUUUUUCCUGUCACUCCCCUAUCGAUCCCCCUACUCCUCCUUGUAGCCCUGCUUCUUUCUAGUCCCCAGCCUCCAGCACCGCCACCCGCAACCAGACCUGACGAUUCAAAGAUCUCAUCUUGGAGAUGUUUUUCCUGCUCCUGGAGCAGUUUUGGUGCAGUUCAGAAUGGCCAGGACCAUGGCUUCAGCAGCCUGACCUGGUGGACAAAGAGAAGCAAGACAACGGCAAACCAGCAUUCAGCCUCACCAGACUGCCUAAGCUUCUACAUUUGUCCCUGGCUUCUCCAUGGAACUCGGUCUGUAGCCACAACGCAAACCGUAGGGCCACAGACAGAGAAGGUAGAGGGGAGUGAGGAGUGGGAAGCACCUCAUCUGUUCUCAAAGAGGGUAAGUCCUGCCCUGGGUUAAAGUGAGUGCAAGAACCAUGACCCCUGAGAGCUCACAGGGCACA